UCCUGGAUCAGGAAUCUCUCCAUAUAAUUGAAAUCAUCAGUGAUAUUGAGGAUCCAAAGGGCACUGUCCGGUGCCUAUUUAAAGAAUGGAGUCUUUACUUCUCAGCCUUCAGUGUUGUACCUGCAGGAUCUACUGAGCCAAGCCAAUGGUUUAUCUUUCUCGAUGAAAUUCUUCCUGACUUCAUAAAGGGAAUAAGAAUACCCUUCAGUUCCAGCCAUGGAAGAUUAGUUAAUGUCAUAAUGGGGAAGUACUGGUGGCGCCACAUUUUUAACAAAUUACUCAAGUUCCCCUUGGCCUACAUGGAAUCAGCCCCUAAUGAAGCGGGUUCAGUCAAUGGAGUUCAAAAUGCCUCUAAUGAAAAGGCAUCAGGCAGUGAUACUCAGAGAUGCUCUAAAGAGGAGGCUUCAGCCGGUGGUGUUCAGAGAGUCCCGAAAAGAAAGGGUUUACUUCCGGAUGUUCAGAAAGCCACUAAUCAAAAGGCAUCAGGCAACGAUAUUCAGAGAACCUCUAAAAAGAAGGCUUCAGCCAGUGGCAGCAAGGUAGUCCUCAAUGGGAAGGCUUCACUUAGUAAUGUUCAGGAAGUCCCUCAAGAGAAGGCUUCAGACAGUAAUCUCGCCGAUAAGAAGACUACUUCAGAUAGUGCUGGUUUUCAGAAAGUUUUAAACUGGAAUAUGCUUGUGCUUGCUGAACCGCGGCGUAUCAGAUCACACCUGCGGAAGGUCAAGGAUACACUAAAAUAUGACACGUUCGAGGAAGUUGAAGAAGAGAAGGAAAUCCACAGCUGGUCAUCGUUGAGCCGCGCAGGUUUCAUGUUUGUAUUGGAACCAGAAAAAGUUACUUUCUUCGAGCGGUUGAUGGUACACCACAAGUAUAAAAUCUAUAAUGAGGGAAAAAAUGAGUAUGAUCCAUGGGGUUUAAUCGGAAAAUUUGGUGAUAUUUCUAUACUAAAGUACGAUGAAGCCUAUGUGAUCCCACUCCUAAUGAAGCUCCAAAUAGCAGCAGCAGAAGUUGCAAGAAUAUGGAGACCAAAGAAGAAAAUGCUCAGCGAGAUCUGCUUCAUGUUGAAUGACAGAUCUGACCAACCCCUCUGGUGGAAACAGCGUAAAUAUAAGAAGAUGAAGGACUUCCACUGCUACCUUGUGUUUAUCCUCGCCCACAAAGAGGAGCUAUCUGUUCAAGUAAGACAAGCUGCUGGUCUUGUACUGACAAACAACGUCCAGAUGAAAUUUGACAGCCUUAGUCCUGGAUGCACGCAUUAUAUAAAGUCUGAGCUCCUUCCGUGCAUAACUACAAAAAAUAAGGCCAUCAGAUCCACAGCCGGAACAACAAUAGCUGUUCUCUUUCAAUGGAUUAGAGUUGCUGGGUGGAUGGAGUUAUUCAAGGAGCUAUACCAAUGCAUUAAUAGUCAGGACAUUUGUAAAAACGAAGAUGCACUUGAUGUUUUACUCAAGAUCACCGAGAUUGGUGCUGAACAUCUUAAUGAAGCUGUUCGUGGUUUGCCUAAACGGCCUAUCGAUGUAUUCAUACCGAUUUUAAUGAAGUUUAUGAAGUUCCCUCAUGAUAAUCUUAGGAAACUAGCGCUUGGAUGUGUUAGUAACUGUAUUGUGCUUUCUCCACUGCCGUGGAGCCUGGAUACAUCCAUGGACGAAUGUCUUCAGCAGUUAUCCAACCUCUUCAAUGAUACUUCAUCAGAUGUCCGAGAAAAGGUUUGUUCAACCUGGGGUCAACUCAUUAAAGUCCAUCCAUCAAGGUCAAAGCUACUCAUAAAAAAUAUUAUUGAAUCAAAACUCGAAGCUAUGAAAGAUUCAAUCAAAGAAGUUGCUCUGAAGGCCUGCCAGUUCUGGUGUGCCUAUUGUGAUGACAGCAGGCCUUAUGGCGAGUUGAAGGAGUUUUUGCCAAAUCUAAUAACAACGUUUCUGCAAAACAUGGUCCUUACCAAAGAAGAUAGCUCACAUGCUGUUUUCGAGGAUUUACACCCCCUAAAGGAAGUGACAAUUAGAGAAAAUCUUGAUGAUGUAUACACCUUGGACUUGCGGAUAUGUAGUGCUGCUGGUCUAACUGGCAUUUGCGGUGUCCUCUGGGAUGACGCUUUUCCGGUAUUCAUGUCCUUAAUAGAGGCAAAGAUGGCUCAGAUGGAUGAUAGAGCCUGGAAGGAGAGGGAAGCAGCAGUAGCUUCGAUAGGUGCUAUAGCAAAGGCGCAUGUUACCAAACCAAGAUUUUCGCAGAUUUUGGCCCUCUUGAUACCACCGCUUGACGACAAUUUUUCUCUUGUACGGUUUAGUACUUGUCGGACAAUUUCAGUCUGUGGCAAGCUCAUUAUAGAGGGCCUUGGCCAUACUACUGGAGAUGAGCAGUUCAUGGUGUUCCUCAUGGGGUUGGUCCGUAGGACAGCGGAUUCAGAUAGGAUUGUUAAGGAGGCUGCCAUUGCAGCACUUGAAUCUCUGCAAGAGGAAAUCAAGACGAAGCAACUGCAGGCCGAAGUGCAGGAUGCUCUGCAGAGCUACAUUCAGGUCGUUGAGGAAAAGAGAUGGAGCGAGGAGACCACACCACAACGAGCAUAUCUACUUUUUUCACGGCCCGGGCCCCACCUCCCUGGAAGAAAGUACAUACGCAGCUUGUGCGCUGACCAAGACGCACCUGGUAAAAAUAAUAAUGUAAUAAGCGGUGAACAUCGGCUUGGAGUUGUAGAGGCUUUCGCCGAGGCCUUUGGAAGCAUGGACGCCAUGGUGGUAGACUGCUACCGCCAACUGAUCCGGUGGUACCUUCCGAGCCUUAUUGCCGGCGCCGGCUUUUUGGUGUUUCGAUGUCACAUUCACCCAAAUAUGUUGAUUGUGAUGUAUGCAUCGUGGAGCAGGGCAAGAUAGAAGGGAACCAGCAAAGAUAUCCCAAGUUGAGGAGGGAAGUACAAUAAACAACACAUACACCCUCCAAUACUCCCCCCGGCUUUAAAUAGUUGUCACAACUACAGGCAAAAUAUAAACUAGAUGAGUCUAGAUUUGUUAAAUCUGCGAUAAGUAUUUAGAACCGGAGGGAGUACAACUAUUACAUACUUUGUUCUAUAAUUUUUUAUCGUGAUUUUAGUUUAAAUUUAGACUAAAAUUACGAUAAAAACUAUAGAACAGAGCGAGUUGCAAUUUGGAUGGCCUUUUUCUACCUAAGCAGAUGCACUGCUUGGACCGUCACAUCUUUUCUUGAUGCGCUGACAUUGCCUGUUGUUGCAUUGCAGCCACAUACGGUGCGACUGACGAGGAGAAAGAGGGUCGGUGCUUCCUUGUUGGAAGGAAAUGCGGCGACAUGGGGGGCGGUGUCACCUAAGGCCACUGACACCGCAGGGUUCAAUUUUGGUUUCACCCCGCCUGGCGUCCUUACCGAUCUACUGGGCGAGGAGUGCGCUUCAUUAGUUUAUGUGUAGUGAUAUUACUUUGUGUGUCAGCGCUUCAUUAGUUUA